AUGCCAAACCGAGCUUCAAUAGUGCCCAACCUCGAUCUGAGCUCCUUCAAGAUGGAGUCGAAGAAAGAGAAGAUUUCAUCGCCUCUGACGCCAGGUGACCACAGUUCAGACGGUCCGACCCCCUUAACACCACGUUCGCCCAAGUCUGCAUCAAGCUCUCCACUUUUCAAAGGCGCAACAAUUCGCCCUGUCACAGAGGACACUGACAAGGCAACCAGUCCUACUAUCCCGCUUUCCCCUGGUGCAGGUCCCUCCGAGCCCACGACGCCCGGUAUCACAGCCAUUCCUCAAUAUUUCCCUUCUCCCAAAGACUCACGACAUACGCGCGAUGCCUCGAAGUCAUUCUUUGGCAACUUGAAAGCACCGAAAUCUUCACACAAGUCACAACGGUCAGAUAGCUCAGAGAACUCCGCCGAACAUCCCAAGAGCAGGGGCAGCUCCAGAGAACGGAAGUCAUCGAUGACUUCGAAACCAUAUGGAUCAACGCCUGAUCUUCCAGGGACACUUGCCCGUGCAAAUGGAACCGAAAGGACUAAUGGACUUGCAGGUCAUAAGAAUGCGCAACCAACAGUCACCAAGAAAGCCGACACAGAGCUAGAGUCUGCCGCGCCGAAGAAAAACAAACAACGAUUUGCAAACCUUUUGACCCGAUCUCGCUCCAUUCGAGUGGAUGACUCCUCCGGACCCAGACCACCGCGCCGACGCCCAUCUACUGGACUGGCCAAACUCGAAGAGUUCAGUCAAACCGCAACAACGGCCGCGAAUCCACCCCGAUGUGAGACUGCAAGACCAGAACGCGCCGUGCGGGGAGGCUUGCAACCCCCCGAACGCCAAGCUGACGCUAUAUCUUUACGAAAAGAGCGCAGUCACGGUAAUAUCGUUGCAUCGGGCUCGCUGAGUCAGGUUUCUGGCGCCUCGUCUACCAUCUUCAGCAAUCUAAAGUCCUCAGGAAGCAGUACUGCAGAUCGCAUUGGCAAGGCUGGGAAAGGAUUCUUUGGCAAGAUCACUCGCAGCGGCAGCACCAACGAGAGAGAGAUGAUCACCGACGACUCGUACACAUGCUCGGUGAUCAACCUCCCACUCAUCGAGCAGGCGAGAAAGACCCGCAUUGCGAAGAAGCUCGAAGACUGCCGAGACAAGACAGAAUUCUGGAUGCCUGCCUUACCGUAUCGCUCGAUUGAUUAUCUAAACUUCAAGGGCUGUGAGGAAGAGGGCCUUUAUCGUGUUCCCGGCAGCGGCAGGGAGGUCAAGCACUGGCAACGACGAUUUGACACAGAACUCGACAUCGAUCUCUUCGAAGUGCCUGAUCUUUACGAUAUUAAUACGAUUGGGUCUCUCUUCAAGGCUUGGCUUCGUGAGCUUCCCGAUGAGCUUUUCCCCAAGUCAACGCAAACGAUGAUUGCUAUGAAAUGCGAAGGUGCCACGACCGCUCCACAGCUACUCAAAGACGAGCUCUCCAAAUUACCGCCAUACCAUUACUACCUCCUCUUCGCUAUCACCUGCCACCUCAACCUCCUUCACUCAUACGUGGACCAGAACAAAAUGGACUACCGUAACUUGUGUAUCUGCUUCCAGCCCUGCAUGAAAAUCGACGCCUUCUGCUUCCAGUUCUUGGUCUGUGACUGGAAGAACUGCUGGCAGGGAUGCUGGACCGAGAAGGAAUACCUUGAGAUUGAGAAAAAGAUGGACGAGCGCGACCUGCGGGUCUCAGUGGAGGAGGCCGCCAAAAAGGAACAUGCCUCUCUCAGCCAUGAACGCGCUAUCUCGUCUUCCAGCAGCAGCGCUGGAGAAGAACCCAGCCAGCCUACUCGUGAGUCUUCGCGUGAGCCACCUCGCCCGACAACAUCACCACGCCCAGCGACAGCUCGCCCAGCAACCGCCCGCACCCGAAAGGCCCCGCCGAAGAACAUCGAGACCGCACAUUCCCGAAGCAUCUCUCAACUUCCCGAGCUAGGCCCGCCGCUCUCUCCUAUCAAAAUCUAA